GGCAGCGGCGACGAGCGAAAGAAAGAAAAAAUAAAGAGAGGGAAAUAAUAGCCGGGGGCCCGCUACUACUGCCGCAGGUCUCGCCGCAUUUCACGGGGCAGUCAUAGCACCGCCUCGAUCCUGCGUGGAAGUGGCUCAAGGCCAAAAAUACUCUCGUGCUCGCCGAUGUGUAAACAUCGAGCGCGCUCGGGUUUCUUUAACGCGCACCUUCUCUCAUCGUAAUCGCGAGUCCAAGUUACGUGGGGCCGACCUUACGUACCGCGUAUUUCAAUUUUGCUUUGUGAGUGAGAGGCACGAUUUAUCGGCGCUGGGCGCAUAAAGCGUCGGUUAGCCGCGCGGGUUCGUCUUUUAUCCUCUUGGCUCGCGAUUAGCAUUACCGUUGAGUAUCGGCGAGUCGUACGCGCGGAGGACACUUUAGUUCUUUUCUUUACUUCGGGUAGAAUUUAUAACGAGCCCGAGGCUGCGCCACUUUAAAGGUGCUCUUUAUGUAAGUAGUCAGGCGCUUUGAUUCGAUGGAUGGAGAUUAAGUACUUGGAUAUGAUAAUAGUGAAGCGGCAGUUGGAGAAUACCUGAGGCAGUGGAGCAUGGAAUAGAGACAGAGUGGCUGUGUCGUCGCAUGAAUCAUCUUAUUACGAUAGAUCAUUAUCAUUAACGUACUUGAAAUGUUAAGGAAAUUUAUUGGAGGUCAAUAUGUCGCAGAAGGCUCAACACUUGCAAGUUAUAAGAGAAAGGUUUCUUCGAUUAACCGAAGAGUUUCUCGAACGAGGAGUAUCUCUAGCAGAUUUAAGACUUGCCAGUAUUACAGAUAUACAAGACCAACGUAAUAAUCAGUCAGCCUUGGGCUUUAUGUACAAUAAGAAGCUUAUUCUAGUUAUUCUAUUGCCACUUUUGUAUAGCAUAAUCGUCGAGCGAUACGGUAUUGAUUUUGUGAUCGAGUACACACAAGGUACAAGAUGUUUAAUACCAAACAAUUACUUAGUAUGGGAAUUCACGCGGCCCGUCUCAAAUUGCGAUUUUUGUCGGGGUGUCAAUUCGGCUCUAGUCCUAGAUAAUUUAACGAGAGAGGAGUUUGGAAAGUACGCGUAUUCUUCGAAGCCGAUAAUUGUGAAGAAGGCUGCUAGCCACUGGUUGGCUUCCAAAGUAUUUAGUUUACAUUUCUUCCGUAGCUUAUACGAACAUAUAAACGGUGCUUACGAAUCCAUCGAAGAAGAAUGCCAAUUCUUACACUUUCGAAGCAAUUUUGCCAAUUUGAAGGAAGUAUUUUCUAUGAGCGAACGAAGGGCGCUGAAUUUACCUGGCGAAGAGUCCUGGUACGUUGGAUGGAAAAACUGCCAUCCUCAAGUUCUAGAUAUAAUGAAGAAAUUUUAUGAGCCGCCUCACUUUUUACCAGACGAUGCAGAAAUACCAAAUACAAAUUAUAUAUUUUUAGGAUACGAGCAGGGUGCUGUCAUGCAUCUCGAUUACAUUCCUCGACUUAUGUGGCAAGGCCAGGUGAUUGGUAGUAAAACAUGGACUGUCGCGCCAACACCAGAAUGCGACGAUGUUUGUGAAAAAUUUAAUUUUUUCGUUGAUACGGGAGACAUAGUACUACUGGAUACGAGAAUAUGGUAUCAUGGCACACAAGUAGAAAAUGGACAGUUUAGUCUCACUGUCACUUCCGAGUACGGAUAGACUGACUAUCAAGAUGUUAGAUUAUUUUAUGCGUAAAAUAUUUUAAUUCCACAGAUUGCUCACUAAGCAAUCGUGAAUUAAAGUUUUUUUAUUUUAAAUUACGACUUAGGUUUUAUUGAUCUAAGAUAAUUUUAUAAAUAUU